GACGUCCCCGGCCUCCCCCCUCCCCUGCAGCUGCUCUUCCCAAAGCCUCUCUCUCUUGGUCGUCAGCCGGGACAGCUCCAUCCAAACGCAGCGCAAUGGCGAACCCAGAGGCUUUCUUGGGCAGGUGGCGCUUGGUCUCCAGCGACGGCUUUGACGAGUAUAUGAAGCAGUUGGGUAAGGAGCAGGGAAUGGAUGGGGAGAACGGGCGGGGGGGGGGGGAGUAAGAAUUUAAGGGGAUACCAUUUAAAAUGAUGAGGAUAUUUUAUGACAACAGAGAAGCAGAACUAGAGAUUCCCUCCUUUCAUUGGGCAAAACUUGGGGGAAAAGAAAGGGGGCGGAAGGGCAGAUAGUAGGAUUGAAAAGUAAGCCAAUCCAUAAAUGAGUUGGGCAAAUCCUAUCACAAGAACAGUAGUGCUAGUAGUGUGUGCAUUUUUUAUUUUUGCAUCCAAUUUGCCGACUGCAACCUAGCUAUUUACAUGGACGUAGCCUUUCUGGAUGCAAUGACUUUGUGCAUCUGUAAUAAAAUAAAUGUAGCAUUGCAGCCUGAAGCUUAAAAAAAAAAAACACCCCCAAAAGCACUGCUUAAAUAGUGGCAUUGUCUUUAAAAUGGCUGCUUUGGAUUAAGUGACUUACUUAAAAGUUCUUCUCUAUGAUUUGUGUAAGGGAAGCAGUGUCUGCGCGAUGCACAUUUUGUGCACUGCAAUUCUUUGGGUUUUGUGAAUUGUCACGCCUUUCUCGUAUUCUGUCAUACUGGAGUAGACACAGUCCUAUUUCUUCCUACUUUGUGCACAUGUGGUGUGUCUGGCUUGAUUAGGAGUGGAGGAUUAUGAAGAGGGAACAGGAAUUAAUUAAUUUUUCCUUUCCUGGAAGCGCAUAUCUGUCUCUCCUGUGGGGAGCUGGGAUCAGGAGCUUUUGUGUGUCUCAUUUUCUCAGCUCCUGAGAGGCUGGAUGCUCUGUCCAAGGUCUGUGGAGGCAUUCUCAGGCUUUAGUAACAGGCACACAAAUACAAAUGGAUAUUGUUUCAAACAUGAUAUUGAGCUGCAGUGUGUGUGUGUGUGUGUGCGCGUGCACAUAUACCAAACCAUCUGCUUAAAACAACAUAUGAAAAACUUGGAGUGGGGUGGAGGGACAGAAGAAUGGCUGGGGGCGAUGGGAAGGAGAGGGAGAUCUCUCAUAUAAGCAGAAUGGCACUUUCCCAGGGAUUUCACCUGAGUCAGAAAGGAGGGCAGAUGGCAGAAACCUUCAGAACUCCUGUAACACAGCUUACACUUCCUAUUACAAUUCAUUUGGACACCUCUGGUGCAAGAAGAAACCAUACAGUGGGGAUGAAUGCUCAUUAUAACAGAAUAUGAUGCUCUUAAUGAAAUUUAAUUUGAUUUUCUUUUUUUAGACAAGCCGGUCAUUCUUGCAAUUAUAUAGUAUUGUUUUUAUGAUAUUUAAUGUUGUGCGCUGCCUUGAUCUUUUAUGUGAAAUCUAAAUGUUUGGCUUUGGUUGUCUCACUGAACGGACUGGAAAAAAUGCCAGGAUGAGCAAACUUCCUGUGACCGUGCACAGGAGGAUAAAAGGUACCACAGUGAUCUCAUAUUCAGUAUUAUUAUUUUACCAGACAAAUUGAACGGAACACUAACCUAAUUAGGGGUGAAUAGUUUGGGGCUGCAUUGAUAGAUCUGCCAAGUUACAGUGUAUUUAAAGGCUCCAGCUGAGGCUGAAACUGGAAAGAAUAACAGAUAUCUGAAUUAACAUCCGGCUGUUAUGUUAGAACCUUUCUUCUUUCUAUCCUUGUGGAUUAAUUUCACUAAAAUGCAAUCCAAGUCCACAGAUGACUCUUGAAUAGGGCUGUGCAUAUUCUGUUCUAAACUUGGUGUUAGUAUCCAAGCUUUUGCAGAACAAGCAGAAUCCUGUGAUCCAUUUAAAUGAUGCAGAUAAAACACAACUUACUUGUAUUUACACAUUGUAUGUAAAAAAAAUAUUCAGCUUCUGAUCUUCCUGGGUAGUGGCAAAGAGUUAUGAACAGUGCUUAAAUCCCAUUCCUAACCUGUAUGGCACCCCAUAUCUAUUUUUGCAUCCUUAAGGACUAGAUCCUUGCUUUUUGAAGAUGUAAAUGUAAUUGCACAAGAAAGAAUAGGGGAAAUGUAUCACAGGGGCAUGCUAUGGCUUGUUUGGGGAAUUGUUAAGCACGGGUGUGUUGCAUUUCGCUUGUGGGGCUGCAUUUGGCCUGAACUGCAGGCCUGAACUAGCCCCACAGUUGACACACUCGUUAUUUCACACAUGGGGUUAACUAAGUUCUUGUGCCCAGUGAAUGGAGAAAAUCAUGGUGUUAGUCCAUUAUAUACUCUAGCUGGCAUGGGGCUGUUAUGCACUACAUUGAAUCUAAAGAGUAUUCCAAAUGUUUUGGUCUUUCAGUGUCAACCCAGAAGAUAGAGACUCCCCCUUCAAUAUACUAGUAGUGUCUGGGAGAGAGAGAGUAUGUGUGCGUGGAUUUGCUGCACCUCUUGAUUUCUCAUUGCCCAUUUACUCGGUUCAUGAAGGUUUGCUGACUGUUGAAAAGCAUUGUGCUUCGAGUUACCAUACAACCUUUCUGUGAUGUUAUCAAUGAAGGUUGCAUCCAUCAAGUGGUGAAUAAGCAUGUGUAAAGCAGCCUUUAUAGUCUUUGCAGUAAAGGCUUAAGGAUUACAGUACUGGUGCAGGAAACCUUUUAUUUCUCUGUUCUGGGCUCAGUUCAGCUAAUGGUUCCUGCUAGUAGAAGCUCAAUGCAAUAACUUCCACUAGUGCAAUGCAGUUCACUCCCCUCUUGUGGUCUCCCAGUUUGGCUCAGGAGAGUCAGAAAAAACCCCAGAAUGGUGUGUGGCAAGAGGAGAGGGGGAUUGUUUCAUGUGGUGAGCUGAAAUACUUGUGGCAAUGAAACAAUUGCCAUGACACUACAAUGAAUUAUCCCACUUAAAAAUAUAUGUAUAGCCUAGUCCCCAUUCCAGAAACAGAACAUGAAUUGAGUCUUAAAAUGCACAACAAUAAUCUAGAUGAGGUCCAAGUCUAUCUCCAGAGAAUGGAAAUGUGAGCUCUGCAGUUUGGCUAUCCACUCAUUAAGAGAAUACAAGCUUCUCCUUAAUGAUCAUAUGUCCUGCAAACUGUUAUUGCUGCUGUUGUUAUAUUCCUGGUGAUUUCAGUAGUUAGGCUAAAGCAGUGAGGGAGAAGCUGGGCUCCGUCAGAUAUUGCAUUGCAGGGGGUGGACUAGAUUAACCUUAGGGUCCCUUCCAACUCAACAGUUCUGUGAUUCUAUAUUUCCAGACUGCAACUCCAUCAUCCCUAACCAUUGGUCAUGCUGGCUGGGGCUGAUGGAAGCUGAAGUCCAAUGACAUCUGGAAGGUCACACUUUCCACCCCAGUGGCCUACAUGAAUGACUGUAUUUGUAAACAUAGUGUUCUGGGUUGUUGUUGUUUACUUCUCUCCAGAAAGUCUCAGAUAGAUAGCACUGGAGGAGGAGCAAGGCGAGAGUUGUGACAUGACACAAUUUAUUUCUAAUUUUUCUGCAGAGCAAUGGGUACUUUUUUGCCUGAUUUCAUUGAUUUCCCUUUCUAAAUGCCAAUGUGAUAUAAUUUAAUUAUUUGUAUCCGGGGCAGAAGUCAUUUGGUAAUAUGCUGAAGUCUUACAAAAAGACCUGUUACUCCUGUAAGGCAGAACGAAAGUGGAGUAGUUAUAAUAAGCUUCUGAUUAACCUGAGAUGCUUCAACACUUCAGCUGAGUCACUGGAGUUCUCCUUCCCCACGCUGGGUAAUUUAAACAGUUAGGUAAUCUUUUGUGUGCAUGUGUGUAUGUGUGUUAUUGCGUAAUGACUCUGCUUGGCUGAACCAAUCUGACAGGUCCCUUGCCUUUCUCUUUUCUGCAGGUGUGGGCAUGGCCAUGAGGAAGAUGGGGAGCAUGGCAAAGCCAGACGUUAUCAUCACUAAAGAUGGAGACACAUUCCAUGUGAAAACAGAAAGCACAUUCAAAACAUCAGAAUUCAGUUUCAAAUUGGGCGAGAAGUUCAAUGAGGAGACGCUAGAUGGCCGAAAAACUCAGGUAAAUGAAGCGAUCGUCCAGAGAGGGCAUGUACUGAACAGUCACAUGUUCACACUGCUCACAAGUACAACCCGUCUCUUCACAUGUGCACAUUUAUGUGUGAAAGCGUGUGUGUUUGUUGAUUUGUACAGCUCGGCCGUUGGGUACACAGGUCACAUAGUGUACUUUGUUGAACAUUCACAGUCACUAACUGUACACGUGUGUAGCCACACACAUUGGACCCGUGUUGAAUAUAGCAUGUGAACAUCCCUACAGGAAGAAGCUGAUGCAACUCCCUGAACUCUUCUGAUUUCUGUUAGGUGAACAAGUUACUCCCAUCAAUGCGUGUUGUAACACUGAAUGAUACCAAUCACUGUGGUUCAAGUGGUGCACAGUUGCAUCACUGCUGAGGUAAAUUUCCUCAUGAAUCAGCAUGGUAUUGCGUUUGGUUUGUCAGUCAUUGCCUUUGGUUCCCGUAGUGCUGUUUGGGAAUUUUUUGCUUCUGUUGUAGAUUAGCCACCGUUAAUGAUGCAAACUCAUCUUGGGGGAAUGCUGGAAGUGUGUGAGCUUUCUGUGGUUAUUUGCCUUCUCUUCCUUUUUUCUUUUGUGUACCUCGCCCUUCAAACCUGUUCUCAGAGCAACUUACAAAGCUUCAAGAUAAAGCAAAAAAAUCCAGCCGCAAACAUAAAGUAGCAAUUUGAAAAUAAUAACCAAACUAACAGUAGUUUCCUGUACAUGUCUGCCCAAAUGUAGGCCCCGCUGGGCUUACUCCCAGGUAAGUAGAUACAGGAUUGGAACCUUACCUUUGAAAAUCAAAAAAGUAUUUGAUACCUAAAAUGGCAUCAAGCUAGGUGAGCCUGGCAUCAAGCCUCCCCGUGAAGGGAUGUGCAGCGUAGUGGUUAGAGUGUCAGACCAGACCUGGAAGUCUAGAGUUCCCGCUUAGCAAUGAAGAGGAUCACUGGGUGACCUUGGGCCAGUCACUGCCUAACCUACCUCACAGGGCUCUUGUGGGGAUUAAAAUUUGGGGAGAACUAUGUGCACCACAUUGAGUUCAUUGGAGGUGGAAUAUAAGUGCAAUGAAUAAAUAAACAGUUCCAGAGUCAGGAUGCCACAACUGAGAAGGCCUUUCUGUGGUAAGAGGGAUAACUGCCAAAUGGCAAAGGCAGGUCUGUGCUGCAGAACUUAACUAUAGGCAGGCACAUCUGGACACAGGCAGGUAGGGUAGUCCUAAACCAUGGAAGGGCUUUCAGGGUCAAAAUUAGCCCCUUUGGAUUCAGCCCAGAUAUGGCCCGGAAGCCACUGCAGCUGGCAAAACACUGCUGUGAUGUGGUAAUUCAUAUCUCCACAUCCCAGCCAGUACAUGGAACUGAGCACCACAGGCAGGUAAAGAGCCCCACAAAGACAACAAGAGAGUGAAAGCUAGAUCAACACACUUAACAAAACCCUAAACUGUGGCAAAUCUUAAUUACAGUUGGAUGAACCAAGCCAUCUUCAUAAACUAUGUUUUGAAGAUGGAUUGUUUCAGCUAACCUAUAGCUAAGAUUAACUGCAGCUUAAUUGUGUUUGGAUGAUAUGCUAAACAGUGGUUAAUAUCAAAUAAAAGCAAUUAAACAAUCUAUGGCCUUUCAAGCUGGGGGGGGGGGCGUGUUUCUCAGCUGAAGUAGUACAAUCCCUACUAAAAUGUCAAAGCAAGCUGGAUUUGUUCCCUAAUGGAUGCAAAUGGCUACCUGCAACUUUUUACUGUUCUUAGUGCAGCUCCUUUUUUAAUUUUGGGAAAUCCAUGCAAUCUUAAUGAUGGUCCCAUUUUGUAAAUUCUGGUAGCAAAAGAACGUGUUGCAAUGGAAUAGUGGGAUUUGAUUCAUAUCUGCACACCUCAGAGCAGUCAGGUCAAAAGCCCUGCCUGAAUGAUUCAUUGGCUUUUUCUUGGGAGUGUCAUGUCUGUGGUUAAGGCUAAGGAGCUCUCCCUUUUGGAUGCUUGCCAGCUGAUGAUCCCUUCAGUAGGCUUCUUCACCAAACAGGUACAACAAGUUCCUGGAGCUCUUUUCAUGGCCAUUUGCGUUAAGGUGUCACGUUGUGUGAUUUCUGACAAGCAUAUUGCUUCUGCAGGUACUGGAGCAUGGGAAUUCCCCUCAGAUUACAGUAACAGGAGCAUAAUCUUAUGCAAAUAACCUAUAAGAAUAAUGGCGAUUUUCCAGGACCUUUCCUUAAUCUCCAAUUGCAAUACUACAAUUACAGUAUCGUCUCCCAAACUGGUUCUGCACAUCCCUUUGUGAAAGUGCUACGUGAAAGGGGAUUCCAGGAGACAGUCUUAAUUGCAUGUUGCACCCUACAAAGCUUUUUCCAUAUGCUAACCAUCACACAGCCCAUUCUGUUACAGUGGUACCUCGGUUCUCAAAUGAAAUCCAUUCCAGAAGCCCAUUCGGCUUCCAAAACAUUAAAAAACCAAGCGGGGGCGGGGGGUUCCAUUGGUUGCAAGAGCUUCUUGCACUCAGCGGAAGCCAUGCCGCAUGUUUGGGUUCCGAAAAACCUUAGAAAACAGAAGCAUUUACUUCUGGGUUUUCGGCGUUCGGGAACCGAGGUUCCACUGUACUGCUUAUUUAAAGCAAGAGAAAAGGGGGCAAAAAUAUUCCUCUCCCAGACCCACGGGACAUUGAGAGCAUAAAUAGUGUGAUGCUCUGAGGGGUCUUUUUCAUAAGGCAAAGUAAGGAAUGUGUCAAAUUUGGGGGUUCUUAAGGGUGGCAGAGUAGGAGGCACCAACUUCAUUCACACAUCAUGGUAAACCAAACUUUUCCUUACUGGGAGUGCAUGAAUGUGCACAGCAUCCAGACAGGACCUUGUGUAGCCACUUUGCUCCUUCCCAGUUUUUCUUCCUUCUUCACUACACUAAGCCAAAGUUCCUCUUAGUAUGUUGUCUGAACCCAGGCUUAUGGUUAAGCUUUCUCCUUGCUAACCACGGUUUAGUGUAGGAGUAACAGAGACUGCCAAGGAGCAUAGUGGCUGUUAGUUCCUUUCUGGGAGCCAGCACAUUCACAUGGUGUUGCUAAGCCAUGGUUAGAAGUUGUGCAAGCAUUUCAUUUAACAUGUCUGUCAGGCGUCAUUUUCAUUUUCUGUCUGGAGGACAAAACUAGGCGUGUCCUGAUCCUUCUUGGCAGUAUCAAACUUCAGACAAAGAUUUACAGAGAAAAGUACAUGACAACAUAGAGAAUCCACGUUUCAUUCUUUAUCUUCUACAGACUCUUUGGCAUACUAAGAGUCUAAAAGUUACUGCUUUUUAAUUGUCUGCACAAUUAGAAUUUGGGCAAAUGCCUGUGUUUCUGAUAGCUGUUUAUUGUUCUUGCCUUCAUGGGAGAAAUAACUGGUCAGCCAUUGGGGUAGGGGUUUCUUGGAUGAAGGCAGCGCUUCAGCUUUCUGGAGAAUUUGUGUUGAGGAAUUUGGAGUGGGUGGGGAUCUGGAGGGUGGACAUAUUGUUAAAAAAAAGAUACAUAAAGUGGGAGAGCUCUAGGGUUCCUGGACAUGCUUAAUUUGGCAUGUGUAUAUAUAAUAUUUGAAUUCUGUCUCCUUUGUUUUGGUAAGACACUUUCCACACCCAGUUAUAAAUCUGGCAAAGCAGGAGCAUGAUAAUUCCCCCUUUGGUGCAUAGGCAUAUGCUGAACAUAAUCAGACUAUCAGACUAUCCAUGUAUUGGCAUGCCCUCUGCAAAAUAUCUUAUCACUCAGACAAAAUGGUAAUCUCUGUUCGCCUUCUUUAAUUAAAGGGGCAAGUACUGUAUUUUUUGCACCAUAACACUCACUUUUUUCCUCCUAGAAAGUAAGGGGAAAUGUCUGUGCGUGUUAUGGAGGGAAUGCCUAUAGGUGGUAUGCCUACGGAUUUUCCUCCUCUAAAAACUACGUGCGUGUAAUGGUCGGGUGCAUGUUAUAGAGCGAAAAAUACGGUACUUCUCUGGUAGCAUUUGCAUGAGUUUACUCCUUAGGACAAAACUAGACAUAGCACCCUUUACACAAUUGCUAAUUUCAUUAAUGACAUUUUUUUAAAAAAAAGUUUGCAUGAGGGCCUGAUUCCAGAUUGGGACUCUGGCAGAGGAACGCUUCAGGCCUUGCUGUGAACCUAAUCUGGAUUGGUAUCCUGCACCUGCUGGCACUGGGAGAGGGCAAGCACCCAUUGGAAAGAACUGUAGCUAAGGUGAAAGACUUUAACGCCUCCCUCCCUGGUUCCCAAUCAGGAGUUCUCUCUUCCCUCCCUGUGCUUUCAUUUGCUUUUGAAAAGCUACUCAUGCAGUUCUAAUUAAAAAUAUUCUAAUUUCAUGAAUGCAUCAAAUCUAGUUUGGCCCUUAGUUAUGCACACCAAUGCAAGAUCAGAAGCACACUAACUAUUACUGCACUCUCUUGGGACAGAGCAGUUUUGGAAUAAAUUCACUAAGACGCUAAGUACCAGAUUUCUGUAUUCUUUUUCAGACCCUUAUCACCUUAGAUGAUAAUAAUGUAUUGACCCAGCACCAGGAGUGGGAUGGCAAAGAAACAACGAUAACCAGAAAGAUAGUAGAUGGGAAACUCAUUGUGGUAAGUGGAAUUUUCCCCUGGAUUCCUAGCCAAAAUUGUACACAAUAGCUGGAAUGCAACAUAAUUCAGGCAUACUAAGUAUCUAGCUACAUUGCUCUAUUCCCUAGUGAUCUGGAGAGAGAGACUGAUGAAUGAACGUUCUUUGUUUUGCAGGAAUGUGUCAUGAAUAGUGCCAAAUGUACUCGCGUCUACCAGAAAGCAUGAAGAUGCUGGCUUCUAUUUUGGAUGCGGAGCUUUAUGAUGGACAGCUUAGUUCAAGGAACAAAGCUGAUCUACACUCCAUAUUUCUCAUCUGUAUUCCUUCUCCCUGCCCCCCCGGUUUUUUUUAAGCAUCUUGGAAGAAUCUGUACUGUACACAAUUAAAUUUCAAGUCCUUGAUGUAACUACUGAGAGCUAUUAAAUUUAAAAAUUUCAUGAGUUUUUAUUUUCAAA